AUCGAGCCUAAACUAUAAUCCUUACCAGGAAACAUCAAAAUACUGUUCAAACUACACACCACGUUUAUAAACAAUUUAUCAUUCUCAUCACGAAAUUAUUUACAGGUAGUAUAUCAAUUAGUGUGUAGAAUUGUGUGAGCCAUCGUGUUCCCCCUAUUUUUGUCGCAAACAAAUAUUAAGGGGAAGUCCGCAAAAAACCGAUAGUGACCAGGAGAUAAAAGGGACGGGAUCUGGUCCAGAUAUUAAAUUGCAAUCUAUUUUUCUUUGAUACAAUAGAUGGACCCAAUAAAGGGAAACUAGAACAGCCAAGAUAUUUUUGUUAUAUAGAAGUAUAAACAGAAUGGUCAAUUAUCAUCUUGUUAUUUUGACUCAUGGUUUAUGGGGAAAGCCUGCCCAUAUGGAAUAUAUUGAAUCUCAAAUUAAUCAACAUAUUCAUCUCAAAUCACCUAAUGAAGAAGUAAUUGUUUAUAAGACAGGAUCUCAUGGAGGUUACUUAACAUAUGAUGGAAUUGAUAUUAAUGGGAAACGAAUUAGUGAUGAAAUUAUAGCCCAAACUGAACUUCUAUCAUCUAAUUCUAUAUCAGAUAAAGUCACUAAAUUUUCAAUAAUAGGAUAUUCUCUUGGUGGUUUAAUUGCAAGAUAUGCUAUAGGAGUAUUAUAUUCAAAGAAUUAUUUUGAGAAUAUUGAACCAAUUAAUUUUAUUACCUUUUGUUCUCCUCAUGUGGGGGUUUUAAAUCCCAUGAACUAUACAGUGGCUACUAAUUUAUUUAAUAGAUUUGUUCAUCAUUUCUUAGCCCAUACUGGAUCUCAAUUAUUUUUGAAAGAUAAGAUUGAACAUCGAGGUAAACCAUUAUUAGCUUGGAUGGCUGAUCCUAAUUCAUAUUUCUUUAUUAGUUUGAAACUGUUCAAGUAUAAAUCACUUUAUGCUAAUAUUAUACAUGAUAGAAGAACAUCUUGGUUUACUGCUGGAAUUCAAAGUUUAGAUCCAUUUAAUUCCAUGACAAACACCCUGCCAUUAAAUAUUACUUUAGGGUUUGUUCCUAAAUAUGAAACUGUGGUAGUUGAUAUCAACCAACCCAUUAAAUAUAAGGAAGUAAAACUCAUCAGUGAAACAAGUACAACAAUUCCUAAGAGAUUUAUUAGAGGAUUAAGUUGGUUACGUGUUCUUGGAACAGUUAUUGUUUAUUUACCAAUUUGGUUCAUAUUCUUUUCGGUUGAUUCAAUUUUCCAAAGAAUUAAGAUGAAUAGGAGAGUAAAAGAGUUUGUUCGAGAUACCUCAAACAAUUUAAUUUAUCUUUAUGAAAUGAUUAAUGAUGAAACUCUACAAGUCGACGAAUCAGAAGAAGCUGAAAACGAUGAUGAACUGUCAUAUGAAACUAAUCUGGAAAAGGAAAGAGAUUAUCUUCUGGACUUUGAGCAAGAUUUUAGUAAUAAAGUUCAAGAUCAACAAGAUGAAUUUGUUGAAACUGUAUACGAUGUAAUGAAUACCAAUAAUAUGGAGGCAGAAAAGGAAUUAGAUGUUGAAAAUUAUGGAAAUCUUAUCAAAUUAAACUUCAAUUCUGAUCAGAUGUUUAUUAUAAACAAACUUAAUUCAUUAGGUUGGAAAAAGUAUCCUGUGUUAAUUCAAAAUACUAAACAGACUCAUGCAGCCGCUAUUUAUAGGUUUAAAGAUGUUAAUUUUGAUGAAGGAAAGGUUGUUAUUCGUCAUCUUAUAGAAGAAACUUUUCAAGUUUCAUGAAUCUUUAAAUUAUUAUUUAUUUAAAUAAGUAUUUAAUUCUCAAGCUUACUGCUUAAUAAUCACUUAUUGUAAGCCAUAUUUAUUUAGGAUUUAGUUAAUUAUUAUUUAAUUUGAG